UUCUUUACUGUGUGGUUAGGUUAAGGUUUGGAGCUCCAGUGUGGUUAGGUUAAGGUUACCAUGGUUGGUUAGUGCUUUCACAGAACGAUACCGGAGGAGAGAAGGACCUAGCACCGAGUUGUUGCAUGAUUAUUGCUGAAUUUUUGCUUUUCGGAUUCUCAAUUUGCGGCUUCAGCUUCUAUUCUGCUUUUUCUUCCUGAAGUGGUAGAUUACGUAGGCAGGAUGAAGAUAAUUUUGAAGACUUUGAAAGGAAACCAUUUUAACGUCACUCCCUCAGAGACGGUAAUGACUGCACAGCUUCUCUUAUUGUCGAGAGUGUUCGUUGCAAGGUAGCGAUCGGUUGCAGCAUGGGCAGGGGUUAGUGGUGCUAGUCACCAUGAUACAAGCGAGAUUUUACGGACGAUUGAAGGUUCGGAAACAUUUGGAGCUGGUGUGAAGCGGGUGUUGAUUGUGACGUGCCGAUUGUACGUUUUCGGUAGCUAUCAUGCUUUAAGGACGGUUAGAGUGCACUGAGAGCAUUUCUGUCAAUCUGCGAUUGUGUUAAGAGGCAGAUUAUUAUCUGCAUUUGUUUCUUGUGCAGAUUACUACCGAUUUUAGGUUUGGUGGCCUACUGUUUUAUCCAAGGGAUGCUCAUCUUCCCGUUAAGAGUGAUAGGUUUUAGGAAUGAAACUGAUCAUGUUUGACACUUGAUUGCACGAUUUGGAUAUAUGCCGUUGUUGCCGCGCGUGGCGGGAUUUUUUGCGGUUACAAUUGUGAAGACGCGGAUAGAAAUUUUUCAAGGAUAAGAAUCAUACUCUUUUGCACAGCAGCUGCUUAUGUAUCAGGGCAAUGUCUUGAAAGGCGAAACCACAAUGGAGGAAAAUAAGGUCUUGGAGAACGGGUCCCUUGUUUUCACGUUAUCAAAGGGUAAAGCUGGAGCUGGUGCUACCCCAACAUCUUCCCCUGAACCAAACCAGCAGGGAGUCGUCACUGAUGUCUCAUCUUCAACACCUGCGCAAACAUUUACACCUCUUACCGCAUCCGUCGCAAUAGUACCUUCCGGAGCUGCACAUAUACAAGCUGUUCCACAUCUGUCUGCUGGGAGCACCUCGGAAACUGCGGUGCAGCAAAUUUUAGACAUCGGUGGAGGAAGUUGGGAUCGAGACAGUGUUCUGCGUGCCUUACGUGCGGCCUCCAACAAUUUAGAGCAAGCUUUGCAAUGUUUAUCUUCUGAUAUUCCAGAGACAACCGAACUUGCGCCUUCUAUGUCCCGCACAUUACUAGAAAAUUCUGCUGGAGCUCCAAGCAUAGCUUCCGCUGUUCCAGCUCAUGCAGUCGUCCCUGUGUCUGGGCCGAACGCGGCUCCGCCAGAACUUUUACCUCAGGAUACACCUGCCUUGGGUGCUGAUGGUGGUAGUGCAGGAGAUUUGGACUUUUUUAGGAACAGUUCAGAGGUACCUCAAACCAAUGAUGAAGAUUCCUCUGAUGCCAGUGAAGAUGCCUCUGCAUCAGUUGGAACUGGCGAUGCAGCGAGUACAAAUGGAGUACAUGAUGGGUCUGCUGAAGGAGGAUCUAUUUACUAUCUGGGUGGCAUGAAUGGCUAUCCUCCCCACGGUUAUGUCUACGAUUAUGUUCAUGGAGGAUUUGAACCUUCGGUUGCAGGGGAAUGGGAUGAUUACUCGAGAUACGUCGUCGACGGAGUAGAGAUUCCAUCCCCAGGUGUUUAUAGUGAUAAUGGAUCUGUAUAUGUGCAUGCCACUGGCUACGGCUAUGCAUCGAAUCCUUCUUACACUCCAUACACUCCUGGGGCGCCAGUACCGACCAUAGGUGCUGAUGGUCAGCUGUACGGUCCCCAGGCAUUCCAGUAUCCUAGCCACUUGUAUCCACAACCAGUGUCUCCAGGUACACAGUACCAUGUGGGAUCACCUACUGCGAUAACUGGAGGUGAGAGAGCAACGACAGGGAAUGGCGAGCCUGCUCCUCCUGGAGUCGAUGGGAAGAUUGCGCUUUCUAAUGGCGGCCCCAGGCCGGGUUACCCAGCCAUGGCACUCAUUCCUCCACAUGGACCGUACGCUAGAGGUGUCUUACCUUUGGCAAUGCACAAUCCAGGUUCCCAGGAUGUACGAUAUGAUGGACUUAGCGCUGCUGCACCCUCAUGGGUGGAUGUUUCCAAAAUACCCGAAGGUCUGCAGAGACGAGGAAUCCCAACAGGCAUGCACUCUAUGGCUUCUCAGCAGUUGUCAGCGCCAGGCCUUCCUGCACAAUCAUUGAGACCAAUUACUCCGUUGCAGAUACAUAUCCAAUCACCUCAGCAAUCGAGAAAUCCAUCGGGAUUGGGACCUUUCAAUCUUGGUCCUGGGGCCCUAGCCAGGGGCUAUCCUCCUGUUUCCGGAGUUGUGAACGGGCACAAUGGUCCUGUGAGAGCUCGUCAGCUGGGGAAUACAUUCGUGGACCCCAGGCCAAAUGGGCGUGGAGGCUGGAUUGGCAUCGACAAGGGGAAACAGAGAUGUCGAGGUGGCGGACCUAUUGGUAAUAGUAACGGUUCUCUUGAUCCUUUGAACGAGCAAAACAGAGGACCCCGAACUAUCAGAACCAGGAAUCAGCGGGCCAUCCCAGGUGUUUUAAGACAUACCAGGGGUCAAGGUGUGAUCUCAUCAGGAAACAGCGAUGCUCUUAAUGCCUUCGUAAACAGAGAACAAUACAAUAAACCAGAGUUCAUCAUCAACUAUGACCACGCCAAGUUUUUUGUGAUAAAAUCUUACAGUGAAGACGAUGUUCAUAAGAGUAUUAAGUACAACGUAUGGGCUAGCACUCCGGUUGGUAAUAAAAGGUUAGAUGCUGCAUACCUGGAGGCUUUGGCCAAAAGUAAUGGGGAUACGAAGAGCUUUCCAGUAUUUCUGUUCUUUUCGGUAAAUGCUAGUGGACAGUUUUGUGGUGUGGCACAGAUGACAGGUCCUGUUGAUUUUUCAAAGAGCGUGGACUUCUGGCAGCAGGAUAAGUGGAAUGGUCGAUUUCCUGUAGUAUGGCACAUAAUUAAAGACAUUCCCAAUUGCCAGUUUCGCCAUAUUAUUUUGGAAAAUAAUGAUAACAAGCCUGUAACGAACAGCAGGGACACUCAGGAGGUCAAGUUUGAACAAGGAUUUGGAAUGCUAAAUAUAUUUAAAAACUUCGCUUCCAAAACGUCGAUCCUGGAUGAUUUCCAAUUUUAUGAAAACCGGCAGCGAGCCUUGUCGGAGAAAAGAGCCAGGCAGCAGGCCCAGAAGCAGCGGGAACUGCAUCGUCAGGGAGGGGGACGGACUGUUGGCAAUGAAUUUGAGUCUGCUUCCAUUAAGGAAGUUUCCACUCUGCCAAAUCAUGGUCAGAUUGUAGAACGUUUAGCAGCUGAUAAUCCUGAAGAGACCAUUGCAGCUCAGCCUGUUGAAGGUUCACAUGCUUUGACUCCUCAAAUGUUUGACAAUGAUGAUUCUGAUGAGAAUCGUUCGCAGAUUGGAUCCGUCGAUAGAUUAACCACUGGAGUAGCAGAAAUCAACAUCGGGGAAGGAGUAAAAACAAACUCCUCCGAGGAAACACAGAAAGCAGGGUCAGGAUCAGGAUCAGAACUUGUAGUGGAAUCGAACAAUUUAUUGAGUGAACAGGACGGUAGCACGGCGGUGGGCGAUGCGGGUAGUUGAUUUUGCAGAGGAACAGAAUUUCAGGGCUAGCAGGCGGUUUAUCUUAAUCUUACUAGUAGUCCUCAUUUGCUGAUAGCGGUAUGACAUACCAGGAAUUAAAGGUGUUCAUGGACACAUCAUGCCAAUAUACCUGGUUUCAGCCACUCUUCUUUGAUUACACGCGAAGUGGUUAGCUCUGCUUGUCAGCUGAGUGUAUAGCAAAUGCCAUUAAAAAAUAGUGUGCAGGUACAGGCCGAAAAAGGAUCGAUCAUCCAGAUUGAGGGGACUAACAAAAGAGGCGUUCCUUUUUCCAAAUUUUGGGGAAUAAGGAUGCUUGAGAAAGAGAAGUGCCAGGCAAAAGGGGCGUAGACUGAUAUUUGCCUGCUAGAAUCAAAGAUCCUCGUCAGAUUAGAAGUCUUUCUUUACCCAUUCUCUGGCUACAGGACAUUUCAAAGGCGGAGGAUAUCGUUUAGUACAAUGCUGCAGUUGCGGCUGAGAAGGUUGAAUCUCUUCUUUCUUCUCAGGAUAGGGCCAUUCUGUAAAAUUAUAUUUGCCACUGUUGGGAUGUUGCUGAACGAGGGCUGGUCUAAAAUUCUUAGAGCCACUCCACCUCUCCCACAUGCACAGAAACAAGAUCACUUCGGUGUUCAGUGCUUCAGUAGGCUGUUGGGUUCUUCAUCUGUGGAAGUUUUGUGAAAGUUCCCUGCCUUAUGGCCUGGAUGUAAUAAGGAGCUCUUUUCCA